AAUUAUUAUUUAGUCGUUUUGGAAGUGUUUCGAAGUCUACUCGUCCAAAUCUUCCAACUCCUAGCAAACAAAAUUAUUUCCUUUGACAAUUGCCCAGUUUUUUUGUGGUAUUCACACAACACCGUUCUCAUUCAAUUCACUACCAUGUCCGGAGAUUGCUGUCCCAGUGCCUGCGAUCCUUGCCAGGCUCCCACGGACUUCUCGCCAUGUCCGCCGGGUUCGACGUGUCCUCCCUGCGAUUGCGGCGAUUACGCAGGAUGCUGCUACCAGCAGCCGCCGCGCACCAUGCCCAUUCUGCCCAAGUCGCACUUCAUGCGCUCCACGGCGCCGCUGGACACGGACACCAUUUACCGGCGAUCGUUCUACGCCAAUUGUGGUGACAAUUUGCGCGCACGUCCCGUGAUGCCGUGCUCCCAAAUCCGAGCCUCCACGGCGCCGCUGGAAAAGUGCACCAUCCAGAAGCUGUCCUACAUGCCGCCCUGUCCGGUGAAGCGGACGCCGCCCAUUGUGCCCAUGGAGAGCGGGCUGCGCUUCGAGGGACCCAUCUAUGCGAUGACCUCGCAGAAGCACGACUAUGUGCCCAAGGGCAUCGUGAAGCGGGAUCCCAUAGUCCCUCGGGUGGCCAUCUGCACGUCGAAUGCGCCGAUGGAGCGCUGCACCAUCCAGAAGCUGAGCUACAUGCCCAUCGAUGUGUGCCAGAAUCCGCCACCGAAGGCCAUGAUCCAGGGAUCGCACUACUGUAAGCCAGCGGGGCCCAUGGAGCGCUGCACCAUCCAGAAGCUAUCCUACAUGCCCGUCUGCCUGCCGGCCAAGGAGCCCACGCCCUGGGCCGACAAGAUCCGCUGUGUGCCGCCGCGCUACUCCAACGUUUGCACCACCUACAACCUGAGCUACAUGCCCAACUGCAAUGAGGCGCGCACGGCUCCGGUGACGCCUCUAACCACUUUGCGCUUUUGCGGCAAUGACUCUGGAUCCGGGAGCACGGUCUACAAGCUCAGCUACAUGCCAGUGGAUGCCUCGCGGACCAAGCCGGCUCCUGUCCUGCCCAGGGACACCUUCUGCAGGCCCAGCGGACCGCUCGAGAGGUGCACCAUUCAAAAGCUCUCCUAUCAGCCGAACUGCACGGAGCGCACUCCGCCCAUUCGGCCGAUGGAGAAUGGACUGCGAUUCGAUGGGCCCAUGUACGCGAUGACCACGCAGAAGCACGACUUUGUGGCCAAGCCGCACGUAAGGCGGGCACCCAUCAUGCCGCGCACCGCCUUCUGCCGACCGACCGGAGCCAUGGAGCGCUGCACGGUGAACAAGCUGUCGUACAUGCCGGUGGACGUCACCUGCUUCCCGCGGGCCGAGUCCGUUCGUCCGCGUCAGGGAUUCUGCAGGAAUGAGGGUCCCAUGGAGAAGUGCACCACAUACAAGCUCAGCUAUUUGCCGAAUUGUGUGCCGCCCAAGGAGCCGCUGCCAUGGGCCAGGUACACAUCCUACUGUCGUCCCACGGGUCCAAUUGAGAAGUGUACUAUCCAGAAACUGAGCUACGGUCCACCCGGUGCCUUCCAGCGUUGUGGUGGUCCCUGUGGAACUGGUCAAGGAGAUGGCACCUUCCCAAAGGCCGGCAUUUGUUGAGCUGGAAAUACAUUUUGCCCUGCUCCCAAGCUCAUUCCGAGUUCUAUGUUUUAUGUUAAGCCAAAAUCAUGCAGUCCAGGUCUCCAAAAAGAAGCGUUUCUGUCUUUGUUUUAAAGGAUUUGUCCUCUACAUCAGUUUCCUUUGCUCCGCCAUCGCUUUUAUCCAUUUUGUCCAUCUCAUAUAUACAGAAAAUUGCACGUCAAAUUAAAGUAUGUUCAGAGAAAUAUAUAGAAAUCCAGAGA